AUGCCGCCGAAAAAGGACAGCCUGAGUGUCGUCGCUCCAGAGCCUGUCGACGAACGCUCUCCGCUGCUGAAUAAUGCCAAUGGCCAUCCGACAGAGCAGGAGAACCUCGAUGCCCAGGCCGAGCAGGAGAGACGCGAACAUGAGGCUGGCACGGUUCCACUGGCCGAGGAGCCGUCUACGAAGAAGCUGUUACUUACAAUGGGCAGUCUCUGGCUCAUAACGUUCUUUGCGGCCUUAGAUUCCACGGUCGUAGCGACGCUUUCUGGACCCAUUAGUUCGAGCUUCAAUUCGGGAACAUCAUUCUCUUGGAUAGCAUCAGGAUAUCUCCUCGCCAACGCUGCCUGCCAACCACUAUCGGGCAAGCUGACAGACAUCUACGGCCGUCGUGCCGGCCUGGUUUUCGCUGUGACCUUCUUUUCAAUCGGUACCCUUCUCUGCGGACUGGCGAAGCAGGACUGGAUGAUGGUUCUGGGCCGUAUCGUAGCAGGAUCGGGUGGCGGGUGCUUAAACACCGUCAGCGUGUUCAUUGCCUCGGACCUCGUCCCCCUCCGCAAGCGCGGCGUAUGGCAAGGGAUAUCGAACAUUGUCUUCGGAGCAGGGAUGGGGCUGGGAGGUGUUUAUGGAGGAUUCAUCAACGACAGACUCGGCUGGAGAUAUGCCUUUCUCAUCCAAAUUCCAUUUAUUGUCGUAGGCGGCAUUCUCGCCAUAAUCAUGGUCAACGUCCCUGUCAAGGAGACCGACACGGCAAAGAUCAAGCGUGUCGACUUCCUAGGCGCAUUCACCCUCGUGUCAGCAUUGGUCCUCUUACUGCUUGGCUUAAACUCUGGCGGAAACAUCGUUCCCUGGAACCACCCUCUGGUCUACGUCCCAAUACCGCUCAGCUUCGUCUUCCUGCUGAUCUUCGUCUACGUCGAGGACAAGAUUGCUCCGGAGCCUGUCAUUCCGGUUCGCCUGUUGCUCAAUCGAUCUGUCACGGCGGCACUUCUGACCAAUUGGUUUAUGACGAUGAGCGUAUUUGGCCUCCUGUACUACGGCCCUAUCUUCUUUCAAGUCGUCCGCGGAGUCUCAGCAACAGAAGCUGGCACGCAGUUCAUCCCUCAAGCAGCUGGGAUGUCACUGGGAUCUCUGCUCGCAGGCAUUUACAUGCGCUGGAGCGGCAAGUACUGGUGGUGGCAGGUCGGUGCUCAGUGCUUGUCCAUCACUGGCACGGCACUCAUUCUCGCAUUCUUCGACGAACAUGUGUCGCUGGCAGAACCAUACAUCUUUCUUUUCGUUGGAGGCCUUGGAUAUGGCUCCAUGCUGACAGUCACUCUGCUGGCCCUGAUUUCUGCCGUCGACCACAAAUACCAAGCAGUCAUCACGUCAGCGAGCUACGCAUUCCGCUCCACCGGGUCAACGAUUGGCGUCACGAUAGCCAGUACCGUCUUCCAGAACCUCCUGAAGUCGUUCCUCUAUGAGAAGUUUGGAGAUCGACCAGAUGCCGCACACAGGAUCAGAAGGAUUAGAGACAACCCCGAGGAGAUCAAGUAUCUGCCUGAUGCGUGGAAAACUGGGGUGAUUGAGUCGUACAUUGCAGCGCUGCGAGGCGUGUGGACGGUGGUGUUGGUAUUAACCGUGGUCUCGUCCAUAACGUGCUUGUUCAUUCGACAGCAUACACUGUACAGCAGCCUGGAUCGGAAAUAG